GAUUGAAAAAAAAAAAAGCUCCACCAGUGGACGGUUUCAAGUGGCCCGGCUCAAGCUCCUGAUUUGUGGGCAAUGUUGGGGAGGUAGAAAAAACGGAGCGGAGCGAGAGAGAGCGCGGAGAGACAGGACACAACACUCACUGGAGCUAUGGAGACACUGGCUUUUCCACGGAGCUUUCUUUGACAGGUGCCGAGUGGGCUCAGUUAAAGUGUCACAACAGCCUCCAAGAUGUACGGCAAGGGUAAAGGAGCCGUGGUCCCCUCCGACAGCCAAGCGCGAGAAAAGUUGGCGUUAUAUGUAUACGAGUACCUGCUACACGUGGGAGCCCAGAAGUCCGCACAGACCUUCCUAUCCGAGAUUCGAUGGGAGAAGAACAUCACAUUAGGAGAGCCACCCGGAUUCCUCCAUUCAUGGUGGUGUGUAUUCUGGGAUUUGUAUUGCGCGGCGCCAGAUCGGAGAGAAACGUGUGAGCACUCCAGCGAGGCCAAAGCCUUCCAUGACUAUAGUGCAGCAGCGGCCCCCAGCCCCGUCAUGGGCAACAUGCCGCCCAACGACGCCAUGCCCGGUGGUCCCAUGCCCCCUGGCUUCUUCCAGGGACCACCCGGCUCUCAGCAGUCACCCCACGCACAGCCCCCCCCUCACAACCCCAGCAACCCCAUGAUGGGACCCCACGGCCAGCCGUUCAUGUCGCCGCGGUAUCCGGGUGGACCACGCCCCUCACUCCGAAUGCCAAAUCAGCCUCCUGGGGGAAUCCCUGGAUCUCAGCCUCUGCUGCCAAACAGUUUGGACCCGACACGACCACAAGGACAUCCUAACAUGGGAGGCCCCAUGAGGAUGAACCCUCCUCGAGGCAUGGCCAUGGGCCCACAGAACUAUGGAGGCAUGAGGCCUCCUCCAAACUCCAUGGGGGGGCCGAUGCCUGGCAUGAACAUGGGCCCCGGAGGCAGAGGGCCGUGGCCUGGUCCAGGACCUAAUGCUAACUCUAUAGCGUACUCGUCCUCAUCUCCAGGGAACUACGUGGGUCCUCCAGGGGGUGGCGGUCCUCCAGGCACUCCCAUCAUGCCCAGCCCAGGUGACUCUACAAACUCCAGCGAAAACAUCUACACAAUGAUGAACCCCAUUGGUCCUGGAGGCAACAGACCGAAUUUCCCGAUGGGGCCAGGACCUGACGGGCCAAUGGGGGCUAUGGGGUCCAUGGAGCCACAUCAUAUGAACGGAUCACUAGGGUCUGGGGACAUGGAUGGGUUGCCAAAGAGUUCUCCGAACAACAUGGGGGGCAUGAACAACCCUCCAGGGACGCCGCGGGAUGAUGGCGAGAUGGGCGGGAACUUCUUGAACCCAUUCCAAAGUGAAAGUUAUUCACCCAACAUGACGAUGAGUGUGUGAUUUAAUUUUCCCCUACUUUUUGUAUUUUUUCUUUUUUUUUUCCUUUCAAUUUUUGUACCUUGGCACCUGUUUUUUUUCCACCCGGAAUCGGACCACCACAACCUCCUCCUCUUCACCCACACACGCAUCGCUCGCCUGGGAUCCGGCCCUGCCACUGUCCGCCUCCCUCUCUCCCCUCCUCACUUGGGACCUCUAUGGCCUAGCAGAAGCAACCCUCCUCCGGGACAGCCCGUCAGCAUGAAAGGACUCUCAAAAUGGCUGCCUGCUCGGAUGAAAAGCGAACCCAGGGUGGCAUAAGGAAUACACUGCCGAACUCUAGCUCUGGGUUAGCUGAUCUGCUACUGGGACAGUGAGGGGAGAGGGGAGGAAGAGGAGACUUGGAUAAAGCAGCCCUCUGGAAUUUCAAAACAUUUAAAAAUUUGGAUUCCCGGUGGAUUUGGGUCGGACGGAAGGAGUGCUACGUUAUCGUCUUUCUAUGUACAUUUUAGCAGAGGUGUUGUGAUAAUCCGUGAUUUUUUUUUUUUUUUUGUGUAUGUAAUGUAUCAUUGCUAUUUUUAUUAUUGUUAUUAAUGAUAUUGGUAUGAUCAUUUUAAAUAUUGGGUUCUAAUUUGUUUUAAUUUCUCUAAAGGCACAUCACUCACAAUAAGACUGCAAUGUGCUAGCUUGGCCAGCUGUACUUUUUCUGAAAUUUGCGUGGAAUUUGAAUAUUUUUUAAUUCAAAAUCUAAAAUUGUAUGUGCUUUGAUUUUCUGAUUUAGUGGUGAAAUUGCCACCAGUUUCCUAAGACAAGAUCGUCCUCUACUACCUAAAAUUUUGCAUAUAAACUAUUUUCUUUCAGACUAAUUUGUUUACUUAAGGGAUAGAGUAAAGAUUUGGUACUAUAUUAUUAAUUUAAACACCUUAAGUCAACAUUUUGUAGAUUUCUAUAUAAUAAUACCAACAGCCUUAUAAGCUGACCAGGCUACCACAUGCGCAACUUUUCACCACCAUGGUACUCCCACAUUGCCGCCCUACUCUUUCACUUUUCUACUUUCAUUUUGAACUACAGACGUUUUUAACAACACAGAAGAGAGGCUGCCCCCGCUUCGGUAGCUUCCAUGCAGUAAAAAUGCACAGCUAUUUAUUACUUUGUAUUUUUUAAUUAUUUUUCAUUUUAAAAAGUGUUAAUCCUGUUUUUGUUAACUGCAGAACUAGUAGCAAUUGUGUAAAUAUGCACAUUCUGUCCUGAUUUCUCUGUCAAUACUGCCAUUUUCAAAGGUCCCAUCACUGAUCCCUGAGGUGCUCCUAUAUUUCAACAUGCAUUUUUUUAUUUUUGUCCCCGUUCAUGCUGCUUCCAUGUCAGGCUCUCGUGUCUGCUGACCACUAGUUUGUUACUCAACACACUGUGAUGUAUGUCUUUUCUUAUAUGAGCGGUCGGCCAUCUUGAAGCGCAAGGACUCCUGGCUGCUGCUCUCCGAUUGGCCAAUUCAUGUCGUCAUUUCGCCGAUAAUUGGCCCCCUUUUUCGUCAUAGCCACUCCCACAAUGCCACCUCCUCUUCUCCUUGCUUAUUUUUGUACAACUCUCCAUCUGUUGAUUUUGUAAAUACUGUAAAAUGCAUUUUGAUAUCAUUGACAUGUUUUGAUAUACACAAACUAACAGUUGGUCAUGCUGAUUUGGGACAGCUGUGUAAUUGUUCAGAGAUUGGUGUCUAAUAUGAGCGAGAGAGUGGAGCGGAUCAAUAAUAUGCUAUUUCACUUUCUCAGACAGAGCAGGGGAGGAAUGUUCUUGAAGUUGACCCUGUGUUAAUAUUGCUAGCUAGCCCACCGAGUGUCACAGCUAUGUUCUCCAACAUUUUAAGAAAAUGGACAAAAUGUAGGCUAUUUGCAGCCUAUUGUCAUUAAUAUUUAGAAUAUAUUUUUUAAAAAUUAUUGCUUCUCCUUGACCUAAUAAGAAUUGAAGCUGACCUAUUCUGCCAUCAUAUAAUUUAAUAUAAUUUAUUCAAUUAAAAGUGGGGGCUUGACACAAAAAGUGCAUCUAAAUGUUAUUCUUUGCUAACAUGGCCUUGGUACAACCAUUUAAAAAGUUAUUAUUGCAAACAACCAACAAGGACAUCUAGUUUCAUAUUAUGCACCUAAUACCAAAACUUAAUGCUCUUUUUUAUUUUGGGUUGAUCCAAUUUCUAUUCACUUACCUCCUCGAGAAGUGAUUGGUUGUUAUUGAGAGCAGAGGAGUUAAAGAUUUGAAGAAGAAAUUGGAUGCACCCCGUUAAUAACAUUUUCGCCGUUGUUUUAGGCGUACAAUACGACAUCAUCUUUAAAGGCAUUGUAACUAGAAUUGGUUCAUUUAAAAAAAGUUUGCAAUGGUCUGAACUUAUUCUUAACUUACCUUGUGCAUUUUGAGCAUUAAUAAUUAAUUAAUUAUUAACUUUUAGAGCUUUUUUUGUGACGGUAAAGCUAACAGCAAUUAGCACGCUUCCUGAUUUUCAGACAGUAAAAUGCUUAAUUUGACUUCAACAGCUGCUUAUACAAUAUAUCUAUUCUGGGACAAGUCAAAUUUAGCUCAUGGGGGAAAAAAAUUGGGCAAUAGGGCCUUUUAAAGCAGACGAUUCCUCCCCUGCCCUCUGAAACAGUUGUACAAACGCAGUCCUUUGUCUGUAAACUUUGGGUCACUUCUGUAUUUCUAUUGUGCUAAUGUAAAUUACUGUAACAUUCAGGAGUAGGCAGGCGGAGAGAGAGAACUUGGAGGAAUGAAUAUUUUUGGUGGAUUUCCUCAGCGUUCCUCUUGGAGACAGCAGUAUUGAGGUCCACACAGGGAGUUGAUUUGUAUCAUGUUAGGGUAGAUCCUAAAUGUCUCGUGUAGUAAAAAUAAGAGGUUCCUUCUUCGUAUGUUUCUUUAUAUUGUACAAUUUCUUUAGACAAAAAUGUUAUCAGAAAAAGGUGGGAAAACUGCAUCAAUGAUAAAUGUAUUUUUUUGUUUUGUUUUUAUUAUUUUAUUUUUCUGUUGUUUUUAAGUUUCUCAAGUUGUCAGUCGUUUUUGCCUGUGUCCCCCUUGUUGUAGAUACAUAUUAAAACAAAUAAAAUGAAUUCACUCCUUU